AUAUUAUUUAGUUUGGACAACAAUGGGCAAAGGGACGACUCACCAACAAUCAGUCAGUCAGUACCACACAGAAUGCAGCACAAAUAAAGAAACGUGUGAUUAACAACAAUCACUUAUUCUUCUCCCUCAAAUAUUUCGUCGUAGACCUUUAAUGCAACUCCACUCGCAAUUGCCUUCUUCUUCAGUUCACAUUCACAAUAAUUAAAUCCAAAGUUUGUAUUAAAACAUAACAAAUUAAAUAUAUUCAAUUCGAAACUUAAGGCAAAUCAAAACUUUUAAUUGUCAAGAAAUUUGUACAUGGUUUCAGGCUUUAAAGUCCAGGAGACAUGAAAGUUUUGGACGGAGCAACAUAAAUUGGAAGGAUAGUAGGAAGCUAUUUAUUGGAAUAGUUCUUGCGCUAUAGUUCUGUGCAACCAGUGUGGUAGGCCGAUUGAAGAUUAUUUUUGUCAGGACCAGAAUGGGAAGACCACCUCAAGAACCUAUCGCAGUUGCAUGUUCCUCAUCACACAUUCAGGAGCAACACAGAUUCACAAACUUAUUCACUCCUGGAAAACGCAACCAAGACUUUCUCUCCCACAAAACAACGACGACAACCACCACCACACCGGAAGCCAUGAUCCAGUCACUUUCUCUCGGAGAGAAUUAUUGCUCUUCAUGCGGUCUGCCCACCGCUUGUAAUUGUUCGUCGUCGUCGUCGUCCUCCUCCUUAUCAUCAAGUUCUGCUAGGACUCAGCAGUCUAGAAGAAAAAGUUCAUCGCCAUCCUCUCCAGCUACUCCACCUUCACCCUAUUUUUGGAAACGCACACUCAACAAUCCAAUUGCCAAACGUCCCCUCAAACCUCGUGGAAGUAUUCUUACCCCACCAAAAUUGAAACUGCUUUCGGCACAUUUGGAGGCAUCGACCCCUUCGCCACCAUCUAACCUCUCCUCGGACGUGUUCAUACCAGACCUGAGCAAUUUGUCGCUUGGUUGUAGCAGUUCUGGCAGCUCCGACCUUAACUUGAGACUUCAGCAAUCUUUACAAAUUCAAAGUAAAGGGUCGCUCCCAACCCAAAGUGCACUUCGCUCUUACAACCGUCGUUUUCGAACGUUGAAAUGGAAGACGAGGAUCAAGUGCUCUCUUCUCGAUCAUCCCUCAUCAUCAUCGUCGUCAUCAUCACAGCUGCCUACAAUUCGAGAAGUUCGAGAGGAGGAUGAGGAAGAGGAGGAUUAUGGCGUCGGCCGUAGCGGAGAGAUAGCAGAGACUGUCGAAAGUAAUAAGGUUCAAACUCAUCAUCAGAGUUGCAGUCAGCAAAUAUCAUCCUCAGAGGAUGAUGAAUCUGUUGUGAACGAUGUCAUGAUUGACGAGUUAGCCUCAUAUUUAGAAAAUGGAGUAUACAUCCCGAAAAACUAUCACUAUGUUCCAUAUUUUCUGUAAAAAUAAUACGUAUAUUCAUAAUGAACGAGGUAUCUUAUUUUCCCUGUCACAUCACAGUCGUCGUCUAAUCCAGUAAACCACCCGAACUUUUAUUCUAUAUGUCUGUAACAUUAUUUAUAGUACUUUAUACUUAAAUGCAAUACAAUAUUGUUACAUUAUACAGUUUAGUUGAUUAACAGUCGGGUACACUACGGAGAUUUCAAACGAGUUAAGACAUGUGCAUAGACUUUUGAGGCAAAUUGAAGAAAUUCCUUGUAAAAAAUCACUUUUUUGGUCAAGUUAAGAUGGAAAAUUUUCCUGAUCUUUGCCCAUAAGUUUGUUCACUUUGUUUAAACGACAUUUCUGAUUUCUGUGCAUACUCAACUCGUUUGACACCUCGGUAAUAUAUAUUUCUAUUUUCUAGUUAGUUGUCGGGUCCAACUAGUGUGAAAAAUAAUCUUAAUUUGACGAGGUAUCGCUGUAAUGACCUCACACUUAUUACUUUUUCAAAUGUGGUGAUCAUUAGCCAAAGUUAAUGCCCCUUCUCCACCACACGAUACAAGAACUAACAAAUGAGUGAAAGACGAUUUAUUAAUAAUGUUAUCAUUAUCCUCGAUACGCAUUUCUCUAUCUAUCCUUUUUCAUCUCUCUUCCUUCAUCGUUACCUCUUCUUGUUACAACUCAAUGGAAUAAAACUAAUUUUUUAAAGACGUGAAA